GAAGAUUUAAUUUUCAAUCUUAUUUAUUCAAAAAACCAAGGAAGUAAAGUUGAAAAAACCGAUGAAAAUGGGAAUCCUAUCUUAACUAUGAUAAAAAAAAAUACCAAAAGCAAGGGAAUUUAUUUUGACUAUUCAAAAUAUAAUGGUGGAGAUUACAUUUUUAUCGAUAACCAAAUCCAAGGAGGAAAACCCGAAAAAGAUUUAGAUAAAUACGUAUUCCAUCCGGACCAUCCCUCUAUUAAGGAACUGCUUGCUAAAAAACAUCUACAAGUUCAAAACCGACGAAGUGAUAAGGAAUACCAAAUUUUUUAUUUAGAACGAGAUAUUGAAAAGCAGGUCUCGGCAGGAAAUUCCACAACUUACUAUUUUAAUAACGAAGCCAAAGUUAGAACUGCUGUUUUACAAAAUGAAGGUAAUUUUUACCUCUUAGAGUCCGAAAAAAAUAUCCUUCUUUUAGCCACCGGCAAGGAUUAUUCCUUAGUUGGCUCCCAAGAACAGCAAAUCG